UUAAUUUAUUUAUUAUCUUUUAUUAAUUUAUUCAUCAUUUUUGAUUUAUUCAUUUAUUUAUUUAUUUUUGAUGAGGAGGAAUCGCCAUGAUGAAACUGACAUUCUGUUUUGAGUUUGAGAGUAACAAAAGAAAUAAAGAAAAUAAGUAAAACCCUUAACAAUCGCGCCUUUUUGAGCGUCUCAACCGGCAAGAUGUCGGAAGCCGCUGAGCGAAUCCCGGAGGUCGACCUCGGAGAAUCCUCAAGUCGGAAGGAGGCUUCGUCACGUGACCCGGUCGUUCCUCCUCCCGGCGCGUUGGACGAGAAAACGGAAAUUUCGAGGAAGACGGAGGUCGUCCUCGAUGGCGGUCGCUUGCUCGCCGAAUCCGCCAAGAAGGACCUCGGGCAGGGCAUCGGCAGCUCCGAAGCGGCGGACGAAUAUCGCACUUACAGGACGAGGUUCUGGGUGCUGGCGGUGUUCUCCCUCCUCAGCCUCGUACAGCUGACUGUGUGGGGCACUUGGGGUCCCAUCGUGGAGUCCGCCCUGGUCGCCUUCCCUAACUGGGGCCCGAACACCGCCGCCUCCUUCAGCAAUUGGCCUCCCUCGUUGGCUCGUCUUCAUGGUCCCCUUGAGCGGGUUAGUGCAGAGAAUAGGUUUGCGAAAAGGGAUACUCCUGUCCGCUGGAUUCCUGGUUACGGGGACGACCAUACGGUGCUUUCCCGUUGAUGAUCUUACGUUCACUGUACUCUGCCAUGUGGAGCCUUCAUGGUGGGAGUCUCAUGCUGCCUCCUCAUGCCCCAAGUCGGCGCUGUCGUCUCCGCCUGGUUCUCUCCGGCCGAAGGCACGACGGCCAUCGCUGUUGCCCUCUUGAUGAACCAGCUCGGAGGAGUAACCAUGUACUUCAGCCCACUCGUGGUGAGGGCGCCCGUGGAGGAGGACCUACUGCCGGAGGACAUCCGCAAAGACAUCACCAUUCUUAUGUAUAUCCAUUUCGGCAUGAGUUUGCUGCUGUUCUUGUGCGUGUUGUUCUACUUCCCCGACGCCCCGCCUCCCCGCCGUCCCCGUCGUCGAAGGAGGAGCGGGAGGACUUCGGAAAGGGUCUGAAGGACUUCCUCAGGAAUCCCCACCUGAUCCUCAUAGUGGUUGCGUAUGGCGUGUCCUUCGGCGUGGUCGGCAACUGGCUCGGGUUCAUGACUUACUCUCUGCUGGAAAUCGGAAUCCAUCAGGAGGAAGCGAUGGGCGUGGGGAUCUCGAGCGUCGUCGGUGCCAGCGUCUCCGCCUUCGUCGCCGCGAGACUGACCGACAGGAUCUACGGGCACCUCAAGGUCACCAUCAUCGGCCUCCUGGCGGCCUCCUUCGCCUUCUUCCUCUGGUUCUUCUUCCUCUCCACCGGGGUCGUCGAGGCCACUCUGGCCCAAGUAUACAUCUCGGUGACCUUGGGCGUGGCUCUGCAGUUCUCCUCCGUCCCCAUCCUGCUGCAGUUGUGCUUUGACCUCUCUUACCCGAUCUCCGAGGGGGUCGUGGGGGCGGUCGUCUCCUUCUUCUUCGCCUUCGUCUCCCUCGGGUUCCUCCUCCUCUUCCUGGUUCCUGAUGUGGGAUACGUGUGGGUGAGCUACGUGCUCGUGUCCUGCGUGUCCCUGAGCCUCGUGCCCGUCGUCUUCGUGGAGGAGAAGCACAAGAGGACACAGGUAGACAUGCAGGGAGGAGUGAGGGAGAAGGGCGGCGGGGACAGAGGAGCCAGUACCGCGGAAAAGGAAUGUUCGUCCUUUGUACUUUAGUUUGUCGAGCUGUGUGUAGCGAGUGCGGGAGGACCAUGAAUAGGCGCAUGGUCUCAAAUAAUUUUGUAUUAGGUAUAUUCUGGA